AUGAAUGAUAUGAGGUGGUCAAAAUCAAAUGACACAGCACUACUUUUCGUCGCUAAUUCUUGGAAUGAAGUGCAAGAUUUUGCACAAUUGGGUUCAAAUCCUGUUUCUCUAUGGCUUAAGAAAAAUAAUCUAAUCCUUAAUGUGGAUAAAACCAAAUACAUGCGCUUCAUUCACUCAUGUGGAUCAUAUGCAUCAAAUUGUUAUUGUCCACCCAUUGAAGAAGUCAAUACUAUUAAAUGCACCGUACAUGCCAGCCACUACACCACUGCCUUGGUGGUG